AUGGCGACGCCCAGGGAGGUGGACGAAGAGUCGGCGGUGUACCUGGUGGUGAGUGGUAUCCCUCCCGGGUUACGCUCGGCCCAGCUACGGAACUACUUCAGCCAGUUCCGGGAGCAGCGCGGCGGAGGCUUUCUGUGUUUCCACUACCGACAUCGGCCGGAGAGGGGCCCUCCGCAGGCGGCGGCUCCCGACGCGGCCCGAGCUGCCCCCGACCCUGCUGCUGAGGAUCCGGAUCUCACCCAGACUGCAGCCCCCGAUGCCCGCGCUGUCCCCGCCCGGAACUCUGCUCCCGUCCAGAGCCGCACCUGCUGCUGCGUCGUCUCGGUGCCGGGAGUGGCGCAAGCUCAGAGGCUGCUUCGCAUGUACUCGGGCCGCCGGUGGCUGGACUCUGAGGGGACCUGGCUCCCGGGUCGUUGUCUCAUCCGCAGACUGAGGAUACCCACUGAGGCUUCAGAUUUGGAGCCCUUUCCCUUUAAAACCCGGAAGGAGCUACAGAGUCGAAAGGCAGCAAAUGAAGCUUUUACUUUGUCCGACCUGAAGCAGCUACCAGAGCUGAAUCCACCAGUGCUAAUGCCCAAUGGCAACGUGGGCACACCCUUGCGGGUCUUUCUGGACUUGAUCCGGGCCUGCCGUCUUCCACCUCGAAUCAUCACGCAGCUGCAGCUCCAGUUCCCGAAGACAGGCUCCUCCCGUCGCUAUGGCAAUGUGCCCUUUGAAUAUGAGGACUCGGAGACCGUGGAGCAGGAAGAGCAUGUGUACACUGCCGAGGGGGAGGAGAUCCCCCAGGAAACCUUCUUGGAAGAACCACCAGCCAGCCUCUUGGAUGAGCCUGAGGAUGAAGGGCUGCAGGAAGAAGAGGAGUCACACUCCGAUGAUGAUGAUGACCGGUGUGAGGAGUGGGAGCGUCAUGAGGCUCUGCACGAGGACGUGACCAGGCAGGAGCGGACAACCGAGCGGCUCUUUGAGGAAGAGAUUGAGCUCAAGUGGGAGAAGGGCGGCUCUGGCCUGGUAUUCUACACUGAUGCUCAGUUCUGGCAGGAGGAAGAAGGAGACUUUGACGAGCAGACGGCCGAUGACUGGGACGUGGACAUGAGUGUCUACUAUGACAAAGAUGGUGGAGACAAAGACGCCCGUGACUAUGUCCAAAUGCGCCUGGAACAGAGACUCCGUGGUGGCCAGGAAGAUGGCUCUGUGAUAGGCCGCCAAGUGGGCGCCUUUGAGCACCACACCAAGGGCAUUGGCCGGAAGGUGAUGGAGCGCCAGGGCUGGGCUGAAGGCCAGGGCCUGGGUAGUAGGUGCUCCGGGGUGCCUGAGGCCCCAGAAGGUGAUGGCCAGCACCCCAGAUGCAAACGUGGAUUGGGGUACCAUGGAGAGAAACUACAGCCAUUUGGGCAACUGAAGAGACCCCGUAGAACUGGCUUGGGUCUCAUUUCCACAAUUUAUGAUGAACCUCUUCCCCAAGACGAGACAGAAUCCUUGCUCCGACGCCAGCCACCCACAAGCAUGAAGUUUCGGACAGAUAUGACUUUUGUGAGGGGUUCCAGCUGUGCCUUGGACAGACCCCUGGAGCCUGAGUGACGCUGGUCCUUGGGCAG